AUGCUCCGGUGGCGGGGCCGGGCGCGGGGCGUCGCGGUGGCGGUGGCGCACGGGCUGUGCUCGGGCUCGCUGAACAUCCUGCUGAAGUUCCUGCUGGCCCGCUACCACUUCGCCUUCCUGACGCUGCUGCAGUGCCUCAGCAGCGCGGCGGCGGCGCUGGGGCUGGAGGCGCUGCGGCGGCGGGGGCUGGCGGCGCUGCCGCCCUUCGGGCCCCGCCUGGCGCGCCCCUUCGCCGCCGUGGCCGCCCUGGCCACCCUGCAGUCCACCCUCACCCUCUGGUCGCUGCGCGGCCUCAGCCUCCCCAUGUAUGUGGUCUUCAAGCGCUGCCUGCCCCUCGUCACGCUGGUCACCGGCGCCCUGGUGCUCCGCGACGGCAUGCCAUCGCCCGGCGUCCUCGUCGCCGUCCUCAUCACCACCUGCGGCGCCGCGCUGGCCGGAGCUGGUGACCUGACUGGGGAUGCUAUGGGCUAUGUGACAGGCGUGCUGGCCGUGCUGAUACACGCUGCCUACCUGGUGCUCAUUCAGAAAACCAGUGUAGACAGUGAAUAUGGACCCCUGACAGCUCAGUAUGCCAUCGCUGUUUCGGCCACCCCUUUCCUCAUCAUCUGCUCCUUUGCCAGCAUGGAUUCCAUCAACGUCUGGUCCUUCCCAGGGUGGAAGGACCCUGCUAUGGUAUGCAUCUUUAUUGCUUGUGUUCUGAUUAGCUGUGCCAUGAACUUUACCACCCUUCACUGCACCUACAUUAACUCAGCUGUGACCACCAGCUUUGUAGGGGUGGUGAAGAGCAUAGCCACCAUCACGGUAGGCAUGGUGGCAUUCAAUGAUGUGGAGCCCACAAAGUUAUUUAUAGCUGGGGUUGUGGUCAACACCUUGGGGUCUGUCAUUUACUGUGUGGCCAAGUACGUUGAGACAAGGCGGCAAAGCAACUAUGAGGACCUGGAGAAAGAAGCUAGAGAAGAGGAGGGGAAAAGGCAGGCUGGAGACCAAGCUCUGUUUGCCAUGGAGACAAUUUCCCAGGGGAAGGGGGCCGAGGAAGCAGCGGUGGAAGGAUCAUCCACAGGGCAGAGACAGAGUGGAGAGGAAGAGAAGGACGUCACUGAGAAAUCAGCCACGGCACUUGUGGUUCAGGGAAAAUCCACCAUCACACAAGAAGUGAACAGAAGCUCGCUGAAAGAAGCCUAUCUUGGAGUAUGGAGGUUGGUGAGGGGUGCUAAUUAUAUAAAGAAGGAUUAUUUGAUAGAAAAUGAAGAGCUACCAAACCCUUAA